AGCUUGGGUGUAGCAAUCCGUCGGGAAGAACAGAGUAUAACAGUCUUAGGCAUCUUCUCGUUUUCGAGGGUAGAACCGUGUAAAUAGUUCACACAUUUGAUCUCCGUGUUUGCCGCGCUAAACAUGCAACUGCCCACAACCUCCUUACUCCUUCUUCUCUUAGGAGGAGGACUUGCCAUCGCAGCGCCCAUACCAGAGGAAUGCCACUCACCACACAUUUUGUGUUUUGACGCUGUCAACCCCUGCGGCGUGAUAUACUCAGGCCUGCCCUACUCCUGCUCCUACUCCUUCUCAACCUCCAUCAAAACCAUAACCAAGACCAUCGCAACCAUCACCUACACCGGCACAGUUCCACCCGUCAUACCAACCAUCACCCAAAGCGUGAGCUUGACCACCCAAAUCAUCACCAUCACUACCAACUUCGGGACGAAGGAUAACUGCUCGACGAGGACGGUGUGCCUGGACUACGUGGAUAGCUGUGGACAGACGGCUACUACUGCCGCUGUGAAGGCGGUUGAGAUGGCUGAGGCGGUUGCUACUAGGGUUUGA